AUAUCCCGUUUCUUAUCAUCUAUUCAAAUAUAACUUUCAAUAGCAAACAGAUCUGUGUGUGUACACUUUAGGUUUACACAUACGCACAUUUAGCUUUAAAUCAAUUCAAACAGUCCGCCUUGAUAGACCCGUUUGUGAACGAUAUAUCUAUGUAAAUAUUGACAUUCUCUCGAAACUAAAACAGCAAGUUCUCUUUAUCAUACCCUCAAGAGUCGACAAAAUAGUAAUGUAACGGCCCACACACUGUAAUUAAAUUCAAACUGCCACACCCAUUCUGUGAAAAAAAAAAGAAAAAAAAACUGACCCUAUUUUCCGUCAAAUGUGUUUUUUUAACAUUUUGGCUGGUAGAAAAGGAAAUUAGAAGAGAAAAAAGCCAUAUGAAACUGCUUUGAAACCAUAAUGGGAUAUAAAUUUAAUGUGAAGUCUGGCGAUGCAGGAGUUGAAGAAUAUUUGGAAGUUCCUGGAGAAUCAUACCCGAAAAGAAAAUUCAACAGAAGAAUUUUUGCACUGUUUGGAAUAAUGACUCUUCUUUGUACAGCUAUAGGAGUUGGUGUUGGAAUACAUGUUUCUGGGAAAACACACAAGAGGGCAGAAGUCUUAAACCAAACAAAGCCAACAACAACAAAAAUACCAACUACAACACCGUUAAAAGUUUCUGACAGACAUCCAUUGUUGCUAAUAGCUAUAGGACAUUUCAGAGCAAAUUACCUUGAUAGAAAUGUCACAGAAACACUGCGAAUGUUGGCCCAGGAAGGUGUACAUGCAACAUAUAUGCAGAGCGUCUACCCAACGCUGAGCUCACCAAAUCUGUAUUCAAUUGUAACAGGUUUGUAUCCAGAAUCCCAUGGAAUCACAAAUGAUGUGAUGGUAGAUUCCAAAAUCAAGUCCAAAUUUGAUGCCAAAAAUGUUUCUUCAACUUUAGAUCCAAGCUGGUGGAAAGGAGAACCAAUUUGGGUAAAAGUAGGCCAAAAGAAAGCAAUCUCUUUUGGAUGGCCAGGUGCAAAAGUCAACAUUUCAGGUGUAAUUCCAGAGAAGUGUCCAGACAGAGAAAAAUCUCUUCCAAAGAAAUUAGCUAUGAGGUAUAUUGUGCAACAGUUAAAAUUCCCACCUGUUGUCCAACCUCACCUCAUCACUUGGUACAUUGAUGAUUUGGUGAGGGUCAGUGAAACCUAUGGUCCAGACAGUCCUUUGGUUAAUGAUGCAAUAAAAGAUAUUGAUGACACCCUACAAGUUCUCAUGAAUCAACUUCGGUCUUUGCUGCGUCACUCUUCAGUAAACAUCAUAAUAGUAUCCGAUCACGGGAUCAUGAAGACUUCCCCAGAAUUGACAAUUCAGCUUCCAUCUAAUAACUCUGAUAUUGAAUGGCAGAUUAAUGGAAAGACAUCUGCUAUGAUAGCUUUGGCAGAAGGAAACUCUACCAGUACAUCAGGCAAAACGGAAUUCAUAAAAAAUCUUGAAUGUAGUCAUUCACAUUUGAAAAUCUUCACCAAAGAUUCUAUCCCAAAGCUGUCCCAUUUCUUUAACAACCCAAGAUCAGGAGAUGUGUAUAUCACAACUAGAAAUCAGUGGAUGAUUAAAACCAAAAAUGACUUUUCACUUGGAAGCUCUGGUUAUGAUGUGCGAGAUGAAAACAUGAAGGCCAUAUUCAUUGCAACUGGACCAGAUUUCAAAGAGAGAUUAGAGAUUGAACCUUUUGAAAAUGUGGAACUCUACAACAUGAUGUGUGCAUUACUAGAUGUUUCACCAAAUGACAACAAUGGUACAAAUGGACGUUUAGAAGAAGCUCUGAACAUGGAUUUGAAAAAGCAAAAAUCCACCAUUUUCCUCAUAGAAAAAUGUGUCUGUUCAAACAACAUCAGCACAAUAAUGCCAGUUUCUUCUAGCUGUUCCAAUUCAUCAGAAAUUGAAAAAUUGAUUAAAGAAAGACUGAAGAAAGCGGAAGAUGAUAAGGAAUCUCUCAUCAGAAAACAUUUGCCUUUCUUGGUGUUGUCUAGUACCAAAGACAGGUCCUCCUGUAUUCUCCCCCAGAGAGACUAUAUCAUGGCUGUUGAUACUAAUACAAGCAUGCCAUUGUGGGCGGCAUUUACACUUAAUAGACAAUCGAAAUGGAAGAAUGAGGAGGAUAAUAAUGGGCAAUUAAAUAACGAAUGUCUUUUCCUUGAUACCAGACUAAACAAAAGUCUAUGGGGACGCACUGUUACAAAAAUGAAGAACACUGGUCAUUUAUUCAAUCUCGACUUCCUCAAUGCCACUGAAGGUAUCCUCUCCUCCAACACUCUACCAAUGAUGGAAGGAUUCAAGAAUGGCAUCUGGAAGUUUCUAUGGAGCACAAUAAAGCAGUAUGCUUACCAAUGUCACAUUGCUGUAAUCCUUGGACCCAUCUAUGACCAAAACCAAGAUGGUCAUGCAGAUAAUAUGACCAGUUUUGAUGACUCAUCUCCACCAUCUCCAACCCAUUUCUUUGCAAUUCUUCAAAGAAAUCAAGUACAGAAAUCUUCCAAAAGCUUGGAUAUUAUAUCAUUUGUUCUUCCACAUUUACCAAAAGUAACAAACUGCAUGAACUUUAGGGAAUACUUGCUUGACAACAUUGUCAGUCUUCGAGACAUAGAACACUUGACAAAUCUUAGAUUCGAUCGUAGUCUUACUGUUAAGCAACGUACCUUCCUAUCUGCAAAUCUAUGGAAUGUAUCCAAUACUCAACCAUGGUUAAAACAAGAAUGCUCUCAAGAAAAGGCAUGUGAAAGAACACCAAUUUUGCUCUUAUUGUCUUUGCAUAAUUUUAAUGCAGACAAUUUAAAUCUUGUGAAAAUGCCUGCAUUGGAAAAGCUUAAGCGCUGUGGUGUACAAGCAUCUUACAUGCGACCAGUUUAUCCUUAUAAAAGUUUACCUAAUCUGUACAGUAUAGUCACUGGUCUGUAUCCAGAAUCCCAUGGAAUCAUUGAUGAAGAAAUGUAUGACCCAGUGCAAAACAAAUCUUUUAAGUCCACAUCCAGCGAAGAUUUCUGGUGGGGAGGAGAACCAAUAUGGAAUAUUGCUGAAAACCAAAACAAAACAGCUUCUGUUUACUUUUGGCCAGGAUUCAAGGAUAAAAAGACAGGGAAGAGAGUGUAUGAAAGUCCUAUUGAUUACAUUAAAGGGGUGAACAUGAUACUAAACGAUUUGAGUCUUCCACCAGAGAAACAGCCAAAUGUUAUUGCAGCAUAUCUCAAGACACCUAAUCCCAACCUACAUAUCGAAGACCAACUCAACUUGAUCGAUGAUGCAAUCAACCAGUUGAUGAAUGGUAUCAAAGAACGACAUCUCGAAAACUGUAUCAAUUUAGUUAUUGUAUCUGACCACGUCUUGCUUACACCGAUAAGUACCAAUAUACCAUACCAAACCAACAAUAGUAAAUUAGCCAAACAUAGUACUAGCUAACUCUGAGAGAAAAGAACAGUUCAGGUCUGAGAGAAAAGAGCAUAUUGGUACCAGAAGGUGAAUGAAGCCAAGCAUCAC